CCAGGCUUCGCAGUCCUGCACUCGCUCCCUUCGCAACAAAAGCGCGUGAAGCCGCUCCGGCAAAGACUGGGCUCACCGAGCAACUCAUCCUCACCGAGUUGAAGGGCCACAGUUAGAGCAGUGAAACGCGAGGACAAAGAAAAGUCAAGAUGUCUUCCUACGUGUCCUCUGAGUGCCGCCGCGUAAGCCCAUCUGUUCACGGCAACAAAUUUGCCACGGCUCACCGCAAGAAAGCCGUGGCCAAUAUUUUCGAAAAUGUCAACCAGGACGCGCUGAUGAGACUUUUCCAGAAAACGGGCGACAUGAAGGCGGAGGAGAGAGUUAGGAGCAUCUUCUCCUUUACGCAGGAUCCAGAGGAGACUGCGCGAGCUCUGAUGGCUCUGAAGCAGCGAAAGAAGGACAAAUUCCUCCAGAUCGCGGGGAUGGUCCGGCAUCUGCUUAAACUGCGUUGACUGUGUUGUAGCAGUUUUUACUGUCUGUCCCUAUGUCGGCUUAUAGCCGAAUGUGAAAACAUUGCCAAUGUGACUGGGCUACUGCCGCAGGUGCAACUCACCUGACGCCUGGAGAGUGGCGUCAGGUGCGGAGGAGAAAGUGCAGCCAGCCCCCUGAAGGGCGACAAGCGGCAACUGUGGCCUCGUAAUCGGAGGUAGCAGCGGAGAGCCCUCCCUGGAUAAGGUGGCACGAGAUGAAGUGACUGGGAAUAUAAAUGGAAAACAUGUCUUCCCCCAGACUUGAAUUCAUCAGUGCAUUUCUGUGGAUGCCUGACUGUGAGGCAGCACCUUGCAAAGGUGCAUAUCACUGAGUUGAUGCCAUGCGCUGCUGUAAUAUAAGACUUUAUGGUGCCGAAGAACUUGCCUACAUGAAUGCCUGUCCUGAACACAUGCCUUGUCUCUGAGCUUCACUUUGUUGUAUGAGCACUACUCAUUAGUGGCCACUGAUGUGUCACCAACUGUCAUAGCACAAUGUGAAACCUUCCUUUGAUUGUUAUUUUUAAUAAAUUAUUUCCUUUUAUA